UAAGAUAGCGUGUAUAAAAGCGGCCUUCUGCCUGGCCAGGGCAUCAGUCGGACAAAGGCACAAUGAACGGCAUCUACUUCUUCGUAGCAGCUUUCCUCUGCGUCCAGUGCUUGGCAGACCAUGCCCCAUCUUACCAGGAACUGUUGAAAGAUGGACAGAAGAAGUUCGAGAUGGCGUUGGAAAACGUCAAGAAGGACUUAGGACUCCCUGACCACUUGACAGGCUCCGAGUUGACCAAGGUGUUCCACGAUUACGAGACCAAGGUCGACGCCAACCUCAAGGAAACGUUCAAGAAGUUCGAAAAGCACCUCAAGGACGACAAGAUGUUCCAGGAGAAUGUCAAGAAACUCAAGGAGACCUACCACGAACAGAUGAAGACGUUCAAGAAGCACAGCCCACAGCUCGGAAACAGCGUCGAGAAGCUCGUCGACGCCACCAAACACACCUACGACGCCCUUGUCAAAGAGGCGAGCAAGAACUACGAAGAAUUCCGUAAACCAGGAGGCGGAAGGGACGAGUUGGACAAACUCCUCACUGACGUUUUCGACCACGGAUUGAAGCUCGUCGAAGAGCUCAGGACCAACGUCCAGAAACUCUCCCACAAGGCAUAAGUGCCAGAAGAAACCCCCGACAACACACAAUUAAACAGGAAAUACAUGAACACUAUUUAAUUAAGACUUGAAAAAAAAACAUUUUAUACAAAAACCUUCUAAAUUACGAAUAAAUUGAAUUUUUAAACAGA